AUGAGGGAUAGUGGAAGUGGAAAAGUGCUGAAAAAAUCGGAUAGUUGUAAAACCGCAGAACUCGGAUCGCCAUUGUGGACUGCAAAACAACGAACCGAACAUGCACGCUCGAGACCAUCGAGAAGUAGGGGACGUACGUCAAGUCUGAGUAGCGGGCGACGCGGUCGGCCGCGCGAACGCGAAACGGAUGACUCGCGUCGUAGACGAGAACAGAGUGUGAAUCGACUGAUGGAAGAGGACGAAGUGAUGCGAAAGAAAAUGCGCGAAGCUGCCGAAAAACAUCAUAAACAGCGCAUGGAUGAUGAACAGACAAGAAUGAGACAGAUGGAAGAAUAUCGUCAGCGAGAGCUGCAGCGUCAGAGAGAACUAGAGGAGGCAGAACGACAAAGGCAAGAGGAGGAGCGUCGCAGAAUGGAAGAAGAACGUAGACGCCAGGAUGAAUUGCGAAGACAGCAGGAAGAGGAACUGCGAAGGCAGCGUGAAGAGGAAAUGCGAAGACAACGUGAAGAAGAGGAACGACGUAUGCGUGAGGAAGAGGAACGAUGUAUGCGUGAGGAAGAGGAACGACGUAGGCGUGCAGAAGAGGAACGACGUAGGCGUGAGGAGGAGGAGAGGGCAAGACUAGAAGCUCUACGACGUCAACGAGAAGAAGAAGAACGACAAAGAUUGGAAGCUGAACGUCGUCAACGUGAAGAGGAAGAACGUCAGAUGCAAGAAGCUGCUCAGCGCCGUCGUCAAGAAGAGGAACAACGAAGACGAGAAGAGGCAUGGCGACGACAGUCCGAAAGAGCAGAGGCUAACCGAAGAAGACGUGAGGAAGAGGAACGACAAAUGAGAGACCGUGAAGAGUACAUACGUAGAAGAGAGCAGGAAGAAGCACGUCUGGAGGAAGAGAGAAGUAAGUAG